CGCCUCCUGCGCCGGGCGAGCGGACUGGGCCCCGUGGGGCGGUGUCGGCGCUACGUCACGCGCGCGUGCGCUCUCUGCGCGCUGGCAACGGUCCGCGCGGAGCGUUACCCCGUUCGGCGUGCUGGUGGCCUUGGAGACGAAGCCGGGCCUGGGCGGCGUAGAGAGAGGACAACGGCAGCGGGGCCCCUGGAGAAGCCAAGAUGCCGUCGAAGGGAAAGGACCAAAAGAAAGGGAAGGGCAAAGACAAAGAGAAGAAGAAGAAGAAGAUGAUAAAAGUUGAGGAAUCUGCCAUGGAGAGAGCCAAGGCCAAUGCCUCCCUUUGGGAGGCCAGGCUGGAAGUCACAGAACUCUCUAGAAUUGAGUAUCGUGAUACUUCCCGGAGACUGGCAAAAUGUAAUGAAGAAUUAAAGAAACAGCAGCAUAGAAUGGAGAAAGACACAAUGUCUGUAUUGAGCUACCUGAAGAAACAGGAUCAGGAAAAAGAUAAUCUGAUUGAAAAACUGAAACAGCAAUUGAAUGAAACAAAGGAAAAAGCCCAAGAAGAGAAGGAAAAAUUGGAACAAAAAUAUACUGUGCAAAUAAGUAAGCUAGAGGGACAAUUCCAUCAAAAAGUCAAAGAAAUUGGCAUGAUUCAGACAGAACUCAAAACAAUAAAACAAUUCCAGAAGAGAAAAAUCCAAGUGGAGAAAGAAUUAGAUGAUCUGAAGGAGGAUUUAAGGAACACAGAACAGAAACAUCAGGAGACUCUUAGAAGAUUGGAAGGCAGGUUUUUUGAAGAAAAGCACCGACUAGAAAAAGAGGCUGAAAAGAAGAUAAUAAUGCUGGCAGACAGAGCCCACCAUGAAGCUGUUGUGCAAUUGAACAAUGCUGGAAGAACUGUUUUUAAAGAGAACGUUUAUCUCCAGAGAGCUCUCACAUACCACCUGAAGGAAGCUGAUGCUCUACAAAAAAACUCCCAGAAGUUGCAAGAGACUCAGACUUUCCUUUUACAGCAAAAGGAGAUCAAUGAUCUGUUGAUUAAGGAAAAGAUAAUGCAACUUACCCAGCAGAGAUUACAAAUUCAAACUCUACAGAAGAAGGUAGUAAGCUUGGAGACUGCCCUCAGUUGCAUGACCAAAGAGUUUGAGACUGAAGUUUUAAAACUGCAGCAACAGGCAAUGGUAGAGAACCAAGCUGGUCAGAUUGAAAUUUUCAAGCUGCAGCAGCUUCUUCAGAUGAAGGACAAGGAAAUGAAUCGAAUAAAGAAGCUGGCCAAGAACAUAUUAGAUGAGAGAACAGAAGUGGAAAGAUUCUUUUUAGAUGCUCUCUACCAAGUAAAGCAACAAAUCCUAUUUAGCAGAAAGCAAUACAAACAGGUAGCACAAGCUGCUUUCAAUUUUAAAAUGAGAGAGGCCUGUGCAGGAAGAACAGAAUAUCCCCAAAUCCGAACAUUUGAUGGCAGAGAGCACAGCACCAAUAGUGUGAAUCAGGAUUUUAUGGAGGCCGAUAAAUGCACAGAUAUUCAAGGAAAUGUGGAUAUUGGAGAUUUGACCUGGGAGCAGAAGGAGAAAGUCUUGAGGUUGCUCUUCGCAAAAAUGAAUGGCUUUGUUCCUAGGAAAUACAGCCAGAGUUCUAGACCUCCAGUUCCAGACUAUAUUGGUCCCAAUGAUGAAACAACAAAGGAGUUUGGGGAUGAAGGUAAGCCUCAAGAUCAAACCUUCAUCACCCAGCAAGUGCCAAUCUUAGACUCUACUGGUGAACUGGUGAUACCCAAUAUUCAGAGAGGAUCACAAGAGUCUGACAUAGUAAGGAGUCUGUAA